GAAAAUCUAAGAGUUGCUCAGAAAGCCACCGCUGCAGACAUUUCUCAAACAACAUGAGAUAAAAAGACAAUACAAGCUGUUUAAGUUAUUUGUUUUCCAGGAAAUGAGACAGAAUCUGGAAACGCAAGUGAUUUUCAUUCUUCCAUUCUUUCUAGAACUAGGAAAAAAACGCAGUGCUGCUCAAAAGUUUACAUACAGCAUUUAACAACAAUCAAUUUUUUAAAAACGAGGGUCACAAAAAAGUCAAAGUCCAAAGCGACUUGCUUUGCUUUUCCAUCAAGAAACUUCUGUACUGACAAAACAUUUAUGCUUCAUCUGCAAAUUUUUAACACAACUGGGAUUUUGGGGCAUUAAAAAAGGCAAUUCUAACGAGUAAUGAACAAAUGUUGAUGUUCGUUUGGGAUAAUUUAACUCUCGAUUGUGUAAGUUUAAACAAUUUAUCCCCAAUAAUCUCCCUUGGAAGAAAGAAAAUUAGUUUGAAUGUUUAAAACUGUUCAGGAAACACUGAAGGAUGCAUUGCUAUCCACAGUGUAAAUCUGGACAAGCCAAUUACUUUCUAGAGAAAAGUUUUAUGGUUCAACGAAAGUUCGCAGUAGUAAAGAUGAGGUUUUCCAAUAUACAAUAACUGCCAAGCAUAAUGGUGAAAAAUGUACAAAUUAUACAUAAAAGUGGCACGAAUCCGAAGAAAUCAAUCAAUUCACUGCCCAGAAGAGUAGGAAAUAUCACCAAGAAAGAAAAAAAUCCACAGUGAAAUCAAACUGUCAAACUUGUGCUGCCAAUUCUUAUUUUCAAAAUCAUCUUUAUUUAUAUUUUUGCACAAUUUUAUUUAGGCUAAUAGAAGUAAGCAAGUUAAAUGUGGAAAAGAUUUAAAUUUCUACAGAAAAACAGAAGCUUAAUUUCUCAAGAGCAGGCUUUUUUUUUUUUUUUUUUUUAGAAAACAUAAUUAUAGCCAGUUUACUGUUUCCUGUGUCUCUGCAUUCUUUCAAUAAGAUGCAACUUUUUAGCCUCUUUUGUGGGCUUAAUCCUGAGUAAGGGAAUGUCUCCAUCUGCUGGUGAAAUAGUGGAAACGUGGAGACGUGCAGGUGCACGUUAAAGUAAGAAAUAGGACGGACAAAGUGCGUAUAUAACAUUUGAGCAAAAGUUGCCAAGAAUGUCAUUUGAAGUAUUAAUUUUAAUCUAAAAUCACACAAAAAAAUCGUAAUUUUAUUUUAAACGGUUUCAGGUCAAUUUUUAGUAUUUGUUAUAAUUGCAAAGUGACUCUAAAUGACAACCUGAACCGGAGGAUUAUUAACAAACAGUUUAAAGUGGAGGAGGAAAGAAGUGUAACCAAAAAUACGAGUCGUGUUUGACCAACAGCUCUGGGAUAAACACACCGAGGUGGAAGUGGUCCUUCCGUUUGCAGCAGCCCGCACAUCUUUGGGGGCGACUGUUUUGCUUUUUUUCCUAGCAGGAGUGGCGCUCGGAGGGGUUUAAAAAGGUGCAGUCCGCAAACUUUGGCGCAACAGAGCUCCCAGUGGAAACCAGCAGGAUGGACGUCAGCAAGCGACCGGGGAUGAGGAACACCGUGCUGGCGCUCCUCUUCGCCGUCCUGCAGGGUCUUCCCAUCGGGGAAGCCUCUCCGAACCCGUCCCCACUGGCUGGAUCCAACUGGGGGAACCCGAGGAGAUACGUCCACCUGCAGACCUCCACCGACCUCAACACCUUCUACCUGGAGAUCAGGCUGGACGGCGCGGUGCGCAGAGCCACGUCCAGGACGUCAUACAGUGUAAUUCUACUGAAAGCUGAAACACGGGAGCGCGUGGCGAUCUUCGGAGUCAAAAGCAACCGCUACUUGUGUAUGGAUUCAGAGGGCAACCCCUACACUUCGUCUGUUUGUCUCAGGGAGGAAUGUUUGUUCAACCACAAGCUUCUGGAGAACAACCGGGACAUAUACUACUCCACCCGGAACAGCAUCCUGUUCAACCUGGAGGGCUCCCGGCAGGUGUACGCAGUGGGUCAGAAUCUGCCGCAGACCGCCCUCUUCCUGCCGAAGAAGAACACGGUGCCGCUGGAGCGCCUCCUGCUGCACAGGGGGAAGAGGAACCAAGUGGUGGACCCCUCAGACCCACACAACGCCCUCACCCGGCAGACCGAGGACGGCUCGGACUCCAGGGCAGUGCGAGAGGACGACGGAGACCUGGAGGUGGAGGCAGAGGUGGAGAUUGAGGUUGGGGACGACGGGGUCGUCUCCAGGGAGACGCCGCAGCAGGCUCCAUCCAACCAUGACCCCUGGAACGUGCAGUCUUCCAGACAGGCUGGCCCCUGGAGCACCGGCACCGUGGGAUGAGCUUAGAGGGGAAAACUACUCUUAAAGCAGCAGUAUGGAACUUUAAUUAAAAAUACAUAUCUUUACAUAUUUGUUGACACUGUUGACAGCAUGAGACAAAAAAAUCUGGCUCCUCUGUCUUCUUCCAGAGAUAACUACAAACAACCAAUCAGAGCCAGGAGGCGGGUCUUAGUGCUGUCAAUCACCCCUCUGCAUGAAUGCUAAUGCUAUUUAUCAUUAAUGACACAAAUGACUGCUUAUAAAUCGUUUUCCUGUAACAGUAAGAUGUUUCUCCUCCAUUAGCACAUUUAGCAUUGUACAUGAGGAUGAUUGACAACAGUAAGACCCUCCUCCUGGCUCUGAUUUGUUGUUUUUGGUUGCAUUUCUUCAUAUGGCCAUAGUAGCCCAGGGAAGAAGUGGUGGAGAUUGAUCUUUCCGUAGAUUACCUGUCUCAUAACAAACUGUUACAACAUGGAGAGAGUUUAAACAAAUAUGUAAAAAAACAUUUUUUAAUUAUAAAAGUUACAUUCUGCUACUUUAAAGUCUUUAGAUUAGGCCAAACUACUGGUGAAUGAUUUAGAAAAGCAGUGUUUACACACUGAAGGUGGAGCAUUUCACUUGAGUUGCAAUCACUUUUGCACAAUUUCUAUUAUAUUUAAAUAAUCUGUAACAUUCACCAAAAUCAGAUCUUUAGAUUCAACCCUUUUUUUAAAUAGUAGUUUAGAUACUUAGAUAAAUUUCCAAAAUGUAAAUUAUAUUCCAUGUAUUUACUUGUUUUGUUUUUUUUGUUUUUUUUCAAAACUAACAAAGCUCAGUAGAAAUAAUAUUUUCAAAUGUAAAUGUGUACUUUGUGGGUUUUCUUCCCACACUAACAAACCCACAAAGAUGUUUUCCCAAGACAGAAGCCUGACUUAUCCUACCUCUGGAGGACCAAAAGGCCGUCUGCUGGUGUGAAGCCAGCCAGGCAUCGCUUAAAAUCUAACAUAUAAAUAUAUAUAGUACUCCAGCUGUACUCCAGCUACUAGUACAGUUGGGGUUUUAUUUUAUUGCUUUUACAUAUCAGAUUUUUUGUUACUUGAUAAACCUUAACAACAAUUAUUAAAAGUUGAUUUUAACUGUAUUUGUCCACCAUCCAUUACGUGACUUGAAAAGAAGGUGACUACAGGGUAAAAAACUUUAACAAAGUCAUAAUUUUGAGCUUAAAUUUGACCUCUUGUGUGAUAAAAAAAAUCAGGUGCUGGACACCCAGCAGAACAAAAACAACCCAAACACUAUUUAUUUAUUUAAAUCCAUUCCUUUAUUGUUAUUUAUGGUAUUUAUAUGGAUGCUUUACAGUUAUAAUGUACAUACAAGCUAAAAAAAUUAAAAAUAAAGGUUUACUUUUGAAUGUAUGAGCUGGAGUUGUUGUUGAUGGAGAUUUGCUUGAAUUUGGUGCAAAAUAAAGAGAAAAGGAAUCAUU